GCCACCAUUGCGUCUUUCUGACGUGCCAUCUCUCUACUCGUUCUCAGCAAGGAAUUUCGAAUAUAGCUUACGAACAUGGCCACUGACGCAUCGUGCCGUCUGGCGAUUCUGUACGCCUACAAUGGCGCUCACUUCCAGGGUCUGGAAAGGACCAAGGGGCUGAAGACCGUUGAAGGCACUCUUUUGAGCGCUGUCGCCAACAUUGUCGGUGAAGCCGACCCAACCAAGCGCGUCUCGCUCGUGAACAUCAGUCGUGCAUCGACUACUGAGAAGGGAGAGCACGCUUCUCGACAGGUGUUGUCCUUGGAGAUUACCGGGGCCGACGGCCGCACCCCUCUUCCCACGCCUGCGAGGUUGGCCGCUUUGCUCCCGGAGACAAUCCGCGUCUUCGAUGUUGUCAAGCUCAACACCAACUUCUCGGCGCGCCGUACCUGCGAUACUCGGACGUACGAAUACGUCCUUCCUACGUACGUCUUUGCGCCGCCAUCCGCCGAAACUCAUUAUGCUUAUCCUCCCCUCGCCGAGGACGAGCUCUUCGAGGAUCUGCCCGAAGGAGACAAUUUGGGUCCUCCCGGUGGUCUCUUCAAGACGAUCAAGCGUGGAAUGUCGGUCAAGCGCUCCAGGAGCACUCGCACUGUGAACCGCGCAAAAAGUACUUCUCGACGCGAGGAAACGGCUAGCUCCAUGGGCCUCGUAGAUGUAAAGGUUGCCCCCUCCCACUUCGAAAACAAACACCAGGAAGCUGCACCUGAGAAGAAGGGGGGCUUCAUGAAGUUCUUUCGAACACUUACGCGCAGCGGUACAAAGAGCCGCCCUUCCGAGACUCAAUACGUGAACAGCACCACGCUCCCCAUCCCCGAAAAGGGACGCAACAUCGGGUCUUCCCCAUCCAGCCAUUCUUUGAGCCACGAGGCCCAGUAUGCUACUUCGGCACCCGAGGAGGACUUCGGCUUCAUGUCUACUCUCAAGAGGUCCGUUUCCCGUCGGUCCCGUCGUGACCCCGAGAUCGCAUCCAUCAAGGACGAAGACGAUGUGCCAGCCGUGCCGGAACAUCAGUAUUACGACCCUCUCGUUCAGGCGCCCCACACCGAGGAGGAGCUCUCCCUCAUUCGUCAGUACAGGAUCCCGGAGGACCAGCUGAAAGCGGUGAACCACAUCAUCGGCAUCUACAACGGCACGCACAACUGGCACAACUACAUCCCUGGAGCCAAGUAUGAGGACUCUAGGUGUUACAUGCGCAUCUUGAACAUCGAGUGCUCGGCCCCUGAACUCCACUUUGGCAUGGAGUACAUCCGCGUCAAGGUUCAAGCUAAGGCCUUUGCACGAUACCAGGUCCGCAAGAUGAUCGCCAUGGCCAUCAUGGUGGUCCGUACCAACACUCCUCGGUCGAUUGUGGCAAACUCCUUCGGUUACGCCAACAUUGACAUCCCAGAGGCACCCGCAUUCGGUCUGAUUUUGGACGAGCCACACUACGACACGUUCAACUCUGACUGUGACAGGCGUGGUGAUUCGCACAAGAUCUCGUUCCACGAACAUGAGCGCUCGAUUACUGAGUUCCGUCACCACUCCAUUCACGACGCGAUUUAUCGAUCGGAGCUCGAUGCCAUGCAGUUCCAAGAGUGGUUGCGCAACCUCGACGCCUUCUCUUUCUUGUACACAUACUACCUCAACCAGCGUGGUGUUGUCGUACCCAACCACAACUACGUGUCCAAAGCCGCCGCCCACGCCGAGCAGCAACGAGUCGAGAACGAACGGCAAAGGAAGACGAAUGGACUUUUCGUUCAGGAGUAAGCCGUCCGAGCUCUUCAUGUACAAGAUUUUUAUAUAUAGCGUUUCCUUCAUUGCCCCUCGUAAUUUCGUAGAUAGAAAGUCAUAUGACUGCCUUCAUAUUUCGUCCUCGGUACUUUUUUUUGCAUAUACAAUCGUACUCUUUUUGAUGUCACAACUUCUCCCUUGCUGUUUGCUCGAUAGUCUCUGUGCUGACGGUUAGGGCAACUUUGAACUUUUGUUCGUGGGAGGCACGCAGGGAGGAACCUGGGGAGGA